AUACUCGGGUCGAACGGGACAGUUUGGCAAGCUCGUUUUGUGGAACGUUCCUAAUCAAGAAUUCGAGCCCUCUUUCAACGUUCAAACCUGGCGGUAUGAGAAGGCUCUAUUUGCAGGCGCGCUCUGAUCGCUAGCGAGAUCAUUCCGAACAUGGCGGCGCCCAUGUUAUUGCUGACUUUCGCGUACCGCGGAGUUUUGUUAUGAGAAAGUUCUCUGAGGAGCUGCGGUCAACACUCAUCCCGCGUAGCUUUAUUGCAAGAAAUACCAGCGCUAAUGUGUAAGCAGUGAAGAUGCAGACAGAGAUCAGUCGCUUAGCUUCUCAAUUAGACCAGUGCUGCGGUGUCACCGAUGCCCGCUUCACGAGAAGUUUGCUCAAGAGGGUGUACUCUCUUAUUGCAAGUGGCCACGACCUGUCGCCUUUAACGGGAAGACUCGUGAAACUUCUGUCUGCGCAAGACAUCCUGUCAAAGAAAGUAGGGUGCCUUUACGUUUUAAGAUGCAAACAAAGCGAGGAGGUUGGAUUACUUGCCGUCAACUGCCUUCUAAAGGACACCACAGACCCAAACCCCAUAUACCGCGGCCUCGCACUGAAUACUCUCUUCAGCGUUCCACCUAUAAUGGAACAGGCCGUGCCGAAACUUGUAGCUGGACUUGAAGACGCGAGCGCUUACGUUCGCCGAGCGGCGGUGUCGUGUACUAUAAGUUUGUACCAGUGCCACGCAAACAUCGUAGACGAGCUGGAUCUGGCUGACAAGCUGUACGCCAUGAUAAGGGAUCAAGAUCCCAUUGUCGUCGUACAAUGUCUGCAUGCUCUUGACGAGAUCCUGCAUGCCGAAGGUGGACUUGCCGUAAACAAGAAGAUAGCGGCUUACCUUCUGAAACAGCUUCCAUUCUUCAGUAACUGGGACGCAAUUGCCGUGUUUAGAUACCUUAAAAAAUACGAGCCCAAAACGGAAGAAGAGGCACUCAUGUUUGUCAAUGCCCUUGAUCCCUACCUAACGUCGAACAGCAUUGCCGUACAACUCAGUGCCUUUGAACUGUUUGUUCAAGCGACCCACAGUAUGUUAACUCACUUGCAAAUGGAGGGUGUUUCACAGGUGUGGUCAAAGCUUUCAACCAGCCUUGGCUUUUGCGAACAUGAAAUGACAUGGACAGUCCUUGAGUGGGUGGAGAAAUUUGUGCAACUGUAUCCCGAUAUAUUUAGGCCACACUUCGUGAAAUUUUAUGCAUGGUUUUCAGAUCCUCCUGCACUCAAGGUGAAGAAAAUGAAGAUACUGAAGUGCCUGGUACAUGAGAGUAAUCUGCUUGAAAUAUGCAAUGAACUGCUUGGCUUCUGCAAUGACCGAAAUAGCGUUGUUCACAGGUGCGCCUUGCAGCUCAUGGCUUCCCUUGCCAACAAACACAGCAAUGCAAGGAAGCUGCUAAUAUCGAAGAUGCUGCCUUUGUUGAAUGUCACCAAUGAAGUGUUAGUGACAGAUGUCCUGGGAGCUCUGUGCGCAUUAAGUUUCGACAAGUCCGAAGAUGGCAGAAGAGUGCUAGACAGCAUUGUUAAAAGGAAAUGGACAUGUGAUAGUGCUGAAUUCAAGUGUAAUCUUAUCAAUAUAGUCUCUACUCAUGGUCUCCAUUUUGAACCUUCUGUGUACAUUCUUGAAGACUACAUUGAGGAUAUAAAAGAUGAGGAGGAAAGCGUGAAACAGCAUCUAUUAACUGCCACACUGAGACUGUUCUUUGCAAGGCCAUGUGAAGUCCAGGACCUGCUGGGCAGAGUGUUGGACGUGCUGUGCGAAGACAACAACCCUUUUCUUCAGGCUCAGUCCAGGUGUUACUAUGAACUUCUGCUUCACAAUCCUGAACUGCUAAAGAACAUUAUUCUUUCAUCUUGACAGAGGAUGUCUCUGUCAGUAGAACAAAGAACUUGUAAUGGGAUUUGCCUUUGUAGUGAUGCAGGGUGAAAAUGAGCCAUCUUUAAUUUCUCUAGCGCUAUAAUACAGAUCAAAUGAACAAUGUCUCAAUCUCCUUUGCCACUGUCUUCAGAAGAGCCGAGCACAGUUGUGUCCAGUAGCUCUUUCAGUUUUUCCCUGUUGUAGAAAGAAAGGAAAAGAAAAGCAUAGUUGAAGUCCCUUUUUUAGAUCAAUACUUUCUGACCCGGCUUACUUUUACUGUAGUGGAUUUUGUAUGUGGUUUGAUGACCUAAAUCUUUUUUGAGCUUAUCACUGCCUUUCUAACAAUCAAUAAUUCCUUUUGCUGUCUGCACUAUGCAGUAAUGCAUUCAGCAACUUGUUCAUAGACCUAGGAGCAUGAGAAGCUGUUAUCUGUGAACCCAGACUUCGAAAAAGUGUUCUACAAACCGAGUAGUCUGAUGUCUCCAUGUGCCUACAAAGUUUCUUUGCCGAAGCUUUCUUCGUCAGUUGUUUUGGUUUAUUCAUGAUGUAUGUCGUUGCUCCUCUCAGUUUGCUAAAGUUGUUUCCAUGUGUGCCAUUUUUGUAGACAACAGCUAUUUUUAUUUAUACUGGAUUAGCAAGGGAAAUAUAAACACCUAGGACUUCAUCUUGUAAGUCUCGAAGGACAAGUAAAUAAAUAUGCAUUACACAAGGUUUCGAGCUCUAGAUGCUAACAAGCCAGUGGCAAACUUAGUGCUUAAAUUAUGUCAAACUGAACGCUCACAUCCCAGUAUUCUGAGCAGGGAUUACUGAUAUUGUUCACAUGCUCUGCUUAACAGAGAAUAGAGUUUACAAGGUUUCAUGUUUUUGCCACACAGAUCGAGACAUUUGUCACCUAUGCGAAUGAUUUUUUUUUUUUUCAAGGAGUAUUCUGAGUCUGCAAUUUUCGUAACUUCAUGUGCCUUUACUCUAACACACCAAACUAGUGUCACAAUGCAUGGCUGACAUACCACCACCAAGAAAUUCCCCCGAAUGUUGCCCAACGCUGCCUACUGCAGCUUUCAUUAUAACAAAGCUUUAACAUUUCCAGGGUAUGAACGCUUUCUUUUCCUUUACAUGACAUAGAUAAUCACGCAUUGUAUAACAUUUACAUAUACAACUUAACACAGCUUAGUCAUAGCCCAUUGGACGCAAUCAUGUGAUUCACAUUCAAACAGAGGGUCUCCAUUUUUUCUUGACAUGUACUUGAGAAGCCAGGGCCAUUAAUUUGCAUUUUCCCUCAGUUUUCUGCCGUAUGUAAUAUUUCAAGUGCAAGUCUAAUUCGAUUAGAACUCGACUACUUGCUUCUGAAUGCUGUCUGAACUAAAUUUUAUUGCAAACAAUCGUAGACAGCUGGAAAAGUCAGGCUUCCUGAGCGAUGCGGUGCUUUAUUACAUUGUAUCAAUCGUCGCUUACAGCGCAUACAUAAACGAGGGAUGCGCUAUAAAUGACGAUUGAUACCAUGGAAUACCAACUAGCCCGUACCCAAACCUUGCUUCAGUUUAUUGCAUUGUUUCCCCUAAGGUGAAGAUAAAAGCAACUGUUUUUUCUUUCCUAUUUUUUUUUUGUUAGUUUCAUGUGCCAAUGUGCACAGAUGGUGACGCGAAGUAUUCGAAAGCUUUGAAAAUAUUUGGAUUUGCAAAUAGCGACUAUUUGAUUUGUUAUUCUCAACUUUCGAAUAUUCACACACCCCUAAAGUAGUCUUAGUGAUGUACACCUGCGCAAGGGAUUCACAAAAAUUAUCUUGCAAGAUUAAAAGUGUCUUCUUAAGCACUCUAACCGUUCUUUGCAACUAAGAACAAAAAGGUCACCAUGGUAGAAAGUUUGCCAAGAUGGGAGCAAGUUAGAAAAAAAGCAAGCGUGCUGUUUGCGGAAAUGCACACUUGUUGCUGUGGCAUAGAAUGCCACUGAAAAAUUAUCUCCUUUUGUCAAGCUUUCUCUUGUGCACCUAUAUCAUCCUUCUCAUAUUUUGACUUUCUCUUUCUCUGUAGGAUAGUUCAGGGGCUGGAAGUGCUGCAAGGCAGUUGAACUGUAUUAACCUUAAUCCUUCCUUUUUUGGUACUGAUCAACACUUCGUUACUUUUUUUGUUAGAAAGUAAUGAAAUGAAAUACGACCAAAUCAUGCACUGCUGCUGCACGCCCCUUCAUAGGUUUCUGAAGAACCUGCCUGGCUAUGGUGCUGCUUGUAAUUUGAGCUUCAACAUUGAACAUUUCACAACCAAUGUUUACACAGGUUUUUAAGCAUACAAAGGUACAGGCAUUAACAGUGAUGCCUGAACACAAAUAAACCAGAAAAUUCACUUUUGUAGACUUAAUGGGAACCAACUAGUGAAGUGUUCAACAAAAUUUGGAGGACGCUUAAGCUUCGCCUUUAAUAGUGGAAUGCGAUAGUGUUUAAAGACCCCUUACUGCUUUUCAUGCUUCCUGGCAACUGCAGCUUACGUAACUGUAACAUUUACCGGGAAAUGCUGGCUGCAAACGCUAUGCACGAAGGCGAGCUUUCUGGUAGAAACACUGCUUCUUGUGUGGGUCGAUCUCCUGUUAUUGUUUUGCACAUUUAAUAUUUCACUCUGAGAAGAGCUAACAAAUAAAGGACAUGCGCUGCCGCUGUUUUUUCCAUAACAUUUG